CGUGGCGGACCAUGUUACCCGGAACCUUUGGUCGUUUACUGUCAGUCGUUGUCGGACAUAUUUUGAAGGUACACCGAAUAGAACAUGCAGCAGAGAAUCUAGAUGGACGACAUGCAGUCAAUGACAAGAGAAGAGGAGAUCCCUGCGUCUCUGGGUCGUUGCGUCCUCACCCUCACCUCCUCCUCCUCGGAGCCCAGAGAGCUGAUCUCUACCCUCCAGACCCUCACCUCCUCCUCGGACACCAGAGAGCUGAUUGCCACCCUCCAGACCCUCAACUCCUCCUCGGACACCAGAGAGCUAAUCUCUACCCUCCAGACCCUCAACGACCUCACGGCCGAUGUGCCGUGCGGCGCCGCCAGUGCGGAAUUUAAGAGCUCCUACUACACCCGCACUCUCCAAGUCCUGAUCAGCAGGAUAAACGCCGACUGGGUGCAGAAGCUGACGGUCGCCCAGCGCAGGGACCUGUGGGAUGGCUUGUUCUUCCAUGGUCCCCCCGAACAGGCUCUGCUGGUCCUGAUGGACUGUUUGGGGACGCUGAGCCCUAGCGCCGGGAGGGACCACCUGGUCGACAUCUUGGAGGAGUUCCUUAGGAGCGGGGGUCUGGACCGGUUACUUUGGUCCUACUGUCAGGGCCAGGGUCCGCGCGACUCCCCCCAGCUUAGAGAGGCCCUGCUGGGGCGUCUGGCGGGGCUGCCCGACCUCACAGCCAACCGGCUCCACCCCCACAACCGGGAGCUGUUCCUCCCGGAGAGAUACUGCGCCCUGCUGGCCAACGCCCUGCUCCACGCUCUCGAGAACACCUGCCAAGCGCUGAGAAACGGCUGUGACUGCUCCCUGGUGUUCGUGGCCCAGGUGCUGGGUAAAGUGUGUAUCCAUGGAAACAGUGCGCUGGUGUUCGGGCUGCUGGCGCCACGCCUUUCCCUCUGCACGCGCUCAGACGUCGUGUGGCAGCGUGUGAGCUGGAAGUUGAUGGAGAAUGUUCCGGAACGCUGGCUCGAGCCCGUGGUCACUGGGAUGGUGCUGGCCAUUGGCAGACCUGCAGCUCUGUCCAGGGUGCUGGGGAACCUGGUGCUGAAGAACAAGAAGGCCCAGUUCCUCCUGACUCACAAGAUGCUGCUGCUGCAGUAUCACCACCCGACGGCCGUAUUGAGGACCAUCCUGGGGUACCUGGCAGCCGACAGAGAGAGAAGACCUCUGCUCAUACAAGUAUUAAGGAGUGUGUGUGAGACGUGGUCCAGCCCCAGCUCAGUGAGAAACACUCCAGUAGAACAGCAGCUCUACGUCAGCAGAGUCCUGCUGCUGUCCGCCUCGCUGCUGAGAGGAGAGGAGAUAACACUGCUACGCUCUGAGCUGCUGCAGUGCAUGCUGGGAGGCAUGCAGUCUCACCUGGACAGUGGUGUGGUGCGGCUGCGGAGGCUGGGCAUGGUGGUGGGCGAGUGUCUCAGCUCCUGUAUGGACCUUAAUGGCACCAAGCUGGCCUUUGAGUUUGAGCGAGAUGAGGAGACGGAGGAGCUCCGGUCGCUGAUGACUCCCCAGGAGGACGAGGAGUCGGAUCCCGACCCUGAGGACGGAAUAAGCCCCUGUCCAGAUGUGACUCCAGUCCCCAGGGAGUCCCCGAUGCUCCCUGAGCUGGAGGAGACACCAGCAGAGCCAGACUCUGACCUGGACAGUGACGAUGACCUCACUCCCUACGACAUGUCCUGCGACCAGGAGCUGAGCAAAGCCACACCCCCUCGCUACCUGAGCGACUGCAUGGACGCCCUGCAGACCUCCUCCGACGCGGGGCACGUGGAGCUCAGUCUGAGGGCCGCCCAAGGUCUGGUGAGGAAGAACGUCUCCACCACCAGAGAGGUCAGCGUCCAGAUGAUCCGUGUCCUGCUCCACCUGGAGGACCGGUUCAGCACGCCCGGGUUCCUCUCCCUCAGACACACCACCAUGGUGGCCCUCGCUGUGACCGACCCCGCCCCUGUGGCGAAGUAUCUGACCUCCGAGUUCUACUCUCUCAACUACAGCCUGCGCCAGCGCCUGGACAUGCUGGAGGUGCUGGCCAUGUCUGCCCAGGAGCUCUCUCAACCAAUCAGAGCAGGGGAGGCUCCCAACGAGAGGGCGGCGCUGGUGGCGGAAGUCACGUCAUAUCCUGGAGACGACCCGGUCCACUGGAGACAGGUGGUGGAGAGACGGAUCCAGGGCAAGACCCGACGCAUCAGCAAGGGGGUCACACGCCCUCCGGCUAAGGGGACAGCUAACCGCUACGCCCCUGUGGCCGGACACUUCUUCUUCCCCCUGCUGCAGAACCAUGACAGGCCCCAGGUGACCUUCGACCUUUUGGGCAGCGACCACCUGGUUCUUGGACGGCUCAUCCACACCCUGGGACUCCUGGUGCACCUGGCGGUCAACGCUCCGGUGGCCCCCCAGAUGGGCCGAGCACUCCUGGACUUUGUUUGGGCACUGCGUUACCACGCCGACCAGAUGGUGAGGCGUGGUGUCCUCUUCGCUGUCUGCUCCGUCUUUCUGAGCAUGCCCAGUGAGAGCCUCCUGACGGAGCUCAGCGAGACGCUGUUUGAGACCCGCGCCUGGCUAGCAGACGUGGCUGAAGCCGAUACCGAUGCCGACUGCAGGAGUCUGGCCGUUCAGAGCCUGGUUCUCCUGGAGAAGAGUCUGAAGAGACAGCUGGAGGCUCCAUGAAGCUCACGGCUUGGUCUGGAGGAUCUCUGACCCCCACCAGCCCUCCAGGAGGGAUUGGUUCGCUGAAAUGAUUUGAAGUACGGACGGUUGUAAGGUGGAGAGAACUGUGAUCCUAUUUUAGGAAGAGCUCUGCCAUGGAUAUAUCUUUAUUUUUUGUACAAUAAAAAACAUUUCAUAAUACUGAGCUUUUUGCUUUGAUACACAACCCGUGGCUGUUGAGAAUGGACAUCUGGUGGAUGUGUGUUGCUUCCGUGCCCACGGGCGGUUGUCGUGCCAGCGUGCGGUUGCCAUGACAGUGAGUUGUAUGUUGUGACCCUCCCUGACUCUAUGGCUAUAAGAUUAUUUGGUCAUGACCAAAUUGCCAUAGAAAAGGCACUCUCAAGAAUGUACGAUUGCUCGACCGCCGAACACACGAGAAAAGACCCUGCCUUGGGUUAAAGCGUCGGAUAACACAAACCCUCGCAUCCUAAGAGGACCACCUUUUGGUCGGGCUGAAAUUAUUAAAACUGAAUCACAGGAUACUCUUAUUGUGCUAGAGCAAAGGAUGUCCUCUUUGACCACUUCCUGUGAAGAAACAUCUCCCUCCCUGCACUGCAUCGUGUUUAUGAAGGAUGUCCUGGGCAGCACUCACCCAGACACAAGAAGUACAGUCCAACACAAACUAUCCAGCCUUAACACUUAUCAUAUGUAAGGAGAAGGAUUAGGGCCAAAUGUGAUACAUUUUUGAGUUCUGAGUUCAAAGCCAGAAUUCAGGUUUUUUAAUUCAGAAAUCGAAAUCUCAGUAUUUAAACUCACAUUUGACCCUAAUCCUCUUCAGAAGAUAGGCUUGUUGUUCUGAUCCAUUGGCGGUAAUGGUUACGGUAAGGCUGAUUAAACUGCUGAUGGUCUGUGCUCUCCACCUGUUGAUCGGUCCAUGGAGAGAACCAAAGACGGAUGAGUGUGCCUGAGUAUCGUUUAAACGGCAAGGUAACCCAGUGUCUUGAGUUCAUAUCAAAGUUCCACCUAGUUCAUUCUUUCAUCACACACAUGUCAACAUUAACUAUUACACUGUUUCUCUACUUAUAUUACUUAAUUUAUUUGUUUUUGUUAUUAUUUAUUAUUGUAAUGAUGCUGGUAAUUUUUUUUCCUGUUUUUAUUUUUAUGUCUUUAUUUACUUUAUAUUGUAUUGUUACCGCUAUGUGAGUGUUGAGGAACCAAGCCUAAGAAUUUUACUCUUGUGUACUUAAGGUUUAAUAAAAGUUACU